AUGUCGGGUAUCGACGGUAGAAGUCCCUGGCUUUAUGAUCGCCGGAGAAAUCUCGGCAUUGAUCAACCCAGUAGUCGAGGCAAAAAGUACAAGAGCAAGAAAGCCGUAGCGGAUCGCUCUCAAUCACUAGUUGCAGCGGCGGUAGCAGCAGGGUAUUCAAUCAGGUGGUACGACCUUCCCCUGAAGCUCGCGAUCAAUCUAGUGUCGAGUAAUGGCACGCGACUGGAAAACGUCUCCCCCGGCGGCGUCACCAAAUCAUGGCGGUCACAACACCAACAUAACAAAUGCAAGUCCAGUCCUCCUCCGGCCACUCUGCCACAGCUCCAACUAUUCACCCCUGAAUCUGAAACCUCCGGCGACUUUCCGCGCCCGGUUUUUUCUUCUUCCAUCUUCUCUGUCCGAGGUCGGUGGCUGACCAGGAGAGAUGUCCCCUUCCAUCGAAUUAAACCCAAACUCGUCGGAUUUUCCAUGCGAAUGGAACGGGCUACAGGGCGAAUCCCGGAUCGCCUUCGCUAUUACCUGCUAGCUCCCGACGAUCUUAAUUCGCAUUGGGGAAGUCUCCCUUGCUGGCAAUGGGAUUCCGACGGCCGCUCCUAUCCUCGCCCAAGCCGCAACAGGUCCAUCGAGGAUGCCGUGGUGAUUGUCCUGACUGGCUUGCCCCUCCCUGCUUUCGCCCAUUUUCGAUCCGAUGAACAGGGGCGAAGUUUCGCUUGGAAGAAGCAGGAUUCACCAAUUAAAGACCCGAAUGGUUGCGGGGCCGAUCGGUUUGUGACGCUGUGCAGCGGGAUUUGGUUGAGAGGGAAGUUGUAUGCUCUGAGCCUGCAGGGGACUCUGGUUGUCAUCGAACAAGAGCGCAAUCGCGGCUUCAGAGUCGGUUCCAUGGGCGAGCAGAGGAUGGUUCCUGGAGUUCAGUGCAAGCAUUUCCGUGAAAUCCUGGUGGAAUCGGAAGGAGAGAUCCUGCUGGUAUUUCUCAUCUUCAGGAAAUCUGUGGAAUCUGUGGAUGGGGUGGAAGUGCGCCGUCUUGAUACCCAGAAGCUGGAAUGGAUUCGCCUGCAGGACCUGGGAGGCAGAGUGCUCUUCUUCGGGACCAAUUGCUGCGUUAGUGUAUCCGCCGGUGAAGCAGAGGAAUUGGGUUGCCGCCGGAGAAAUUGUGUGUAUUUCAAGCAAUCUUGUUCGGCGGUAUGGUCCCAAUAUGAUAUGGAAAUGGGCACGAUCAAUCACCUUACUGGCCUGCAAGAUUGA